UAGGGAAUUGUAAGAGGCCGGCUUCCUUUUGAAAUCAGGAGGUGAGGAAACAAAAAGGCAAUCUGGGUGUUAGGUUCUUACAAGUUCUUUGGAAAGUGGUCAAGCGUGCCAGCUGAAGAUGGCGGUGACAAAUGGCCUGCGGCUCCUUUGUCAACUAUUACCACACACCUUGCCAUGGAGAAGGCUCCAGAUGUUCAGGCCCUGGCCUAGGCGGCCCUGCAGUCUCUACACUUGUACGUACAGAACCCGGAACCGAACCUUGCAUCCGCUCUGGGAGAGGGUAGACCUGCUUCCUGGCGGUGAUCGUCAGUCGCCCAUCAACAUCCGGUGGAGGGACAGUGUUUAUGAUCCUGGCCUCAAACCUCUGACCAUCUCUUACGAUCCAUCCACCUGCCUCCACGUCUGGAAUAACGGCUACUCCUUCCUGGUGGAAUUUGAGGACUCUGCUGACAAAUCAGUAAUCAAGGGAGGACCACUGGACCACAACUAUCGGCUGAAGCAGUUCCAUUUUCAUUGGGGGGCCAUCAACACGUGGGGCUCAGAGCACACGGUGGACAGCAAAUGCUACCCAGCUGAGCUCCACCUGGUCCAUUGGAAUGCGGUUAAAUUUGAGACCUUUGAGGAUGCGGCCCAGGAGGAAAAUGGAUUGGCUGUGAUCGGAAUCUUUUUGAAGCUCGGCAAACACCAUGAAGAGCUGCAGAAACUGGUGUCUUUGCUGCCGUCGAUUAAGCACAAGAACACCCUUGUGGAAUUUGCGUCAUUCGAUCCUUCCUGCCUGAUGCCCACCUGCCCAGAUUACUGGACCUACUCGGGGUCUCUGACCACCCCACCACUCUCUGAAUCUGUCACCUGGAUCAUUAAGAAGCAACCAAUAGAGGUUGAUCAUGGUCAGCUUGAUCAAUUUCGGACCCUGCUGUUCACAUCAGAGGGGGAGAAAGAGAAAAGAAUGGUCGACAACUUCCGGCCCCUGCAGCCCCUGAUGAAUCGCACUGUCCGCUCAUCCUUCCGCCACGACUAUGUGCUAAAUAUAGAGGCCAAGUCGAAGCAACAGAGCAGCCAGGCAGCCCCUUAAGACGUUCCUAGCCAGGCAGUGUUUUCCCUCAAUGCCUACUAACUUUUACAAAUUGUUAACUAGACGAUUUGAAACAGCUGCACUUUACUAAUAAUGGAUCAUAGCUCUUAUAGAUGUUUAUUUUUUGGUAUGGGAGCUGUCUAUCAGUCUUUGCAGAACUCUCUUUACCAAAUAGAUUUCUACUUUUGCCAAUAAUGAUAUUUAGCACUGGAGUAAUAGCCAGACCCGCCAGAGUCCCAGGGACUGAUGGUGGUACCUUUUGAUGCCUGCCUUUUCUGAGCUACUGUUUCCUCUUCGUCAGGUAGUAAGGGUUUCCAUGGAGGUUCAGGUAGGCACGGCCAUCAAAAUGUCAACUGGGAAGGCACAGGCCCUGACCUUGUAGUUCAGGACCCUGGCAGAAACAGACCCCCAGCCCAGGCUGGUGAUCCCUGACCGAAUGUCUGAGGUACACUUUGGUCUCCAAAUGCAAGCACGUACCCUUGGGUCUUGUAGGAGGCCGCCUGCUCUCUCAUGGUCAUUGCCAGAACUUGCUGUGCUCGUUAUCAGUUCAUAAUCUAGAAGAUGUAUUGUGCAAUCUGAAGACAAUAAGGACUUUUACUUAUAGCCUAAAAUCCUCUUGUGUUUCUGCGGGCCGGAUAUUUUUCUUCAAGACUUGCUCAGGUAGAAAGCAUGUGUAGAACAUUCGAAAGAAAACACAGCACUUAGAAUUCCUUCCUGGCACUUUUACAGGAAAAAGUUUUUGUUUUUCCCCCAAGGAUUAAUCAUCGACUCAUCCCCAGUGGAUGGUACUGUUUUGUAUGCCCUGGCCACCGUUUUAUAGCAGGUGUUGGUGAGUUGAUACCGGCAGGAGCCGACCUUCUUGGUUUCCAAGGUGGGCAACCAGCGUCAAUUCUCCCCAUUUCUACAAUAGCAGAGGAGACUUUUGUUCUAGGAAGAGGGAAAGAAACUUUCCAGAUAGGGUAAUUAUGCCGCUUACUCUGAAGAUUACACACCACUGCUGCCCUAGCCUGGAAGUCUGUGUUCAUUCAGAAUCAAGGUCGCAUCCAUGA